AUGGCGAUCCAGAAAAAGCAUGGAAAAGGUCGUCUUGAUAAAUGGUAUCGGCUGGCCAAAGAGAAGGGCUAUCGAUCGCGUGCUGCAUUCAAGUUGGUGCAACUGAACAAGAAGUAUGGGUUCUUGGAGAAGAGUAAAGUUCUACUUGAUCUUUGCGCGGCGCCUGGUGGUUGGUGUCAAGUGGCAGCGGAAUGCAUGCCUAACCAGAGUAUUAUCGUUGGUGUCGAUCUCGCUCCGAUCAAGCCUAUUCCUCGCGUCAUUACCUUCCAAAGCGAUAUUACAACCGACAAGUGUCGCGCUACCAUUCGGUCUCAUCUCAAGCACUGGAAAGCAGACACGGUCAUUCACGAUGGUGCACCCAAUGUCGGUUCCGCAUGGGUUCAGGAUGCUUUCUCUCAGGCGGAGCUGGUCUUGGAAUCUAUGAAAUUGGCUGCGGAGUUUCUGGCGGAAGGUGGAACCUUCGUCACCAAGGUUUUCCGAUCCAAGGACUACAACCCUCUCCUGUGGGUGUUCAAGCAGCUGUUCACCUCAGUCGAGGCCACCAAGCCCCCAUCGUCCCGCAACGUUUCUGCUGAAAUCUUCGUCGUCUGCCGUGGCUAUAAAGCCCCUAAGCGCUUGGACCCAAAGUUCCUUGAUCCCAAGCAUGUCUUUGCCGAACUCACUGAUCCCACUCCGAACAACGAAGCCAAGGUCUUCAAUCCCGAAAAGAAAAAGCGCAAGCGUGAGGGCUACGAGGAAGGAGAUUACACUCAAUACAAGGAGAUUCCCGUGACUGAAUUCAUCAACACUACGGACCCUAUCGCCAUUUUGGGUUCCUACAACAAGCUCAGCUUCGUGCAACCGCCUGGUGGAGACCUUGCUAUGUCAACCCUGGACAGGCUGGAGGACACUACCGACGAAAUCCGAGCUUGUUGUGAGGAUCUCAAGAUUCUGGGUAAGAAGGAGUUCCGUAACCUGCUUCGGUGGCGCUUGAAGGUCCGCGAGAAGUUUGGUCUUGUGGUGAAAAAGAAGAAGUCUCAGGAGGACGAACCCUCCGAGGAAGUCGCAGAAAUCGCUCCGAUGGAUGAGGAGCUUGCAAUCCAAGAACAACUUCACCGGAUGCGUGAUAAGGAAACUGCCCGAGAAAAGAAAGAAAGACGCAAAGAAAAUGAGAAGAAACGGAAGGACAUCAUUCGCAUGCAAAUGCACAUGACAACGCCUAUGGAUAUCGAUCGCGCGAAUGCUCGGGACGCUGUCGUCAGCGCCCGUGAUAUUUCUGUCGAGAGCGAAAGUGAAGAAGACUCCGAAUCCGAGGAUGAAGAAAGCGACGACGAUGGUGACCGACUCGAGAGGGAGCUUGAUACGAUGUAUGAGCAAUACCAAGACCGGAUGGAGGACAAGGAUUCCAAGUUGCGCGCGAAGAAGGCGCGCAAGCCUUACGAGACCGAUGAAUGGGAAGGUUUCUCUGAGGACAACAAGAGUGACGAGGAGGGUGAAGAGAACGAAAACUCGAAGCCCGCCGCCGCUGCCGAAAAUGAGCGUCAAUCCACGGGCCUUUCGAACAAUGCCUCCAUGUUCUUUGAUCAGGACAUUUUCCAGGGUGUAGAUGACGGGGAGGAGGAAGACGAGGAAGACGAGGUGGUGGAUGACGAGGAGGAUGACGAGGAGGAUGACGAGGACACCGAUAUGGAGGAAGUCGAAGUACCCGAGAAGCCGUCAAAACAAAAGGGCAAGAAGGAUGCCAAAAAACAAGAAUCGGAAUGGGUUGACUCUGAUGAAGAGUCCGUGGAAUUCGAGGAGCCUCGAAAGCCCAAUGGCCAGCUUGACAUCGACAUCAUUACUGCAGAGGCCAUGGCUCUGGCCCAGUCGAUGGCAACAGGCGAGAAGAAAUCCUCUGACGUGGUUGACGAUGGUUACAACCGCUUUUCUUUCCGUGACGUAGAUGGCCUGCCCGAUUGGUUCAUGGACGAUGAGGGCAAACACAGCAAGCCCAAUCGCCCGAUCACCAAGGCCGCUGCUGCCGCCAUUAAAGAGAAGAUGCGUGCCAUCAACGCCCGUCCGAUCAAGAAGGUGAUGGAGGCCAAGGGUCGCAAGAAAUUCAAGGCCGCUCAGAAGCUCGAGAAACUGCGCAAGAAGUCCGCGCUUCUGGCGGAGGACGAGGCCCUCAGCGAACGCGACAAGUCUCAAGCCAUCACCAAGAUGAUGAGCAAGGCCACAAAGAAGAAGCCCAAGCAGCAGGUCAAGCUGGUUGUGGCCAAGGGUGCCAACCGUGGUAUUUCCGGCCGACCUCGGGGUGUCAAGGGCAAGUACAAGAUUGUGGAUUCGCGUAUGAAGAAGGAUAUCCGCGCGCAAAAGAGACUGGCAAAGAAGAAGUCCUAG